AAAAAAUUGGAUGCCGAACAAUUGAAAAAAUUUCAAAAAAAAAUCAAGAAAACUGGAUUGGUUUAUAUCUCUUCAAUUCCACCAUAUAUGAAACCAUCGAAAAUGAGACAAAUAUUGUCGAGAUUUGGUAAAAUUGACAGAUUGUUUUUAAAGCCUGAAAAUCCCAGAUUUCACACUAAAAGAGUCAAGUAUGGUGGUAAUAAAAAAAAGAAGUAUGUUGAAGGUUGGUGUGAGUUUUUGAAUAAAAGGAACGCGAAAUUAUGUUGCGAGACUUUGAAUGCACAGAUAAUUGGAGGGAAAAAAAAUAGCUAUUACCAUGAUGAUAUUCUCAACAUCAAAUACUUGAAGGGAUUCAAAUGGAAUGACUUGAUCCAACAAAUUUCCAAAGAAAAUGAUCUAAAACAAAGUAAAUUGCAAUUAGAAAUGUAUAAAGCGAAUAAGCAAAAUAAGAACUUUAUAAAUAACAUCGAAAAAAGCAAAACACUCAAUUUGAUCAAAGAGAAAAAAUUAAAGAAACUAAAAAGCAACAUCAGAAGAAACUUCAGACAAAAGGAUGUUGCGACAAAGAGAGCUGAUGAAACUUCUUCAAAAAUCAAAAAGGCGAAGGUCGACAAGAACUUGUCCAAUGUCUUAACCAAGAUCUUUUGA